UGCAACUGCCCGAUUCUUACUGCGCAUAUUAACUUGUACACUUUGGGAAGGGAGUGCUGCCUGGUGGAGUCAACUGCACAGUACAUUAUGUCAAUUUGUGAACAGCUGAAGAAUGGGAACAGAGGCCUGAUGACACUUCUGGGCCCACAACAAAGCAGCAGGGAGCAGAUCAUGCAUGCAGUAAGAAGUAACACUCUGGAUACAAAGCCUAAGGCACAAGGGCAAAACAAGAAGGAAAACAGAAGUAUGGAACAGGAAUUUGAAAUCAUCUCCACACAUCAGUUAACUAAUUACACUGAAGAGAGCUUCAUAGAGAAGGAUGUAAUUGGAAUGGAAAUUGAAAAACAGACAAAGUGUUCCACAGAUGGAAGAGAGGCACUUGAAGGACAGAUUACACUUCUGGAAAAUCAGAAAAAAGAGCUACUGGAGGUAAACAAGCAGUGGGACCAGCAAUUCAGGAAUAUGAAGGCGCAGUACGAACAGAAGGUUUUGCAGCUGAGACAAAGAUUGACCACUUCUCAGAGGUCCCUGGAUGAUCUGGAGACAAAAUUAGCCCAAAAGCAGAGGGAAUUUGACAAGAAACUGCUUUUUGCCAAAACAAAACUUGAAACAGCAGAAAAAAAGAAGCAGGCACUAAAUGCAGAAUUAGAUGAGUCUAAAGAACUGAACACACGCUUGAAAGAACACAAUGCUUCAGUAACCAAACAAAAGAGAUAUUAUGAACAUGAAGUAGAUCGCCUUAAUAAGAAACUGUCUGAAGCUUUGGCAAAACAGCAAGUGUCAUUCCUACAUCACAGCUUUCAAAGUGGAGAGUCUUUGAGAAAAGCAAGUUCUGAUGAGAUGAGGACCCAGAUUGAAGUCCUGAAACAUCAGGUACAAAUUUUUGAAGAAGAUUUUCAGAAAGAACGGUGUGAUCGGGAACGAAUGAAUGAGGAAAAAGAAGAUCUGAAAAAAAACAUUGAGCAUUUACAAUCCAAGUUGACUUUACUUAAAGCACAGGUUAAGAUUUAUGAGGAAGAUGUUAAAAAGGAAAAGAAAACUAAUGAUUCCAUGGAGAUGAAACUGCAGAAGCAGGUCGCAGGAUUUUCACAGCCAUCUGCUAGCCCUUUCCCACCUCUGGCAUAUCCAGCUUGUGCAACAUGCCUUAAAUAUCAGCAGCCUUUUGCAUUCCCAGUUCACUACCCAAGGCCAGCAAUGCUGAUGACACAGACAGGAAGCAGCAACUAUCAGCACCACCCAGCAGACUACCAGUGGCAUCUUCCAUGUACCAACCAGAUUUCAUGUGUUCAGCAAAAUUGUCAAAACUGCAGGUCAAAAGGUACGUCGUCACUAAAAAGAGAUCAGAAAUAGAACUUUUGGAAUAUUAACCAAUGUGAAUAUUUACUGCUGCUUGCAGAUCAUGUUCACUCUGUGCAACUGGUCUGAUAGAACUGCAUCUGGCAUACAAUAAUAAUAAUGCACAUUUUGUAUGGCUUCAAACGAUUAUCUUAUAGAGAUGGUAUUUUAUAAUGGAAAAUAUUGUGUUUUUUGUUCUGUAUCAUGAUCAAUGUGCAUAUUGAAAAACAGUUUGUUCGCAUUAAGAAUGUGCAGUUGUUUUAUUUAGUUAAUGUGUUCCAAACGCUUUUGUAUAACCAACCAGUCUUAAUAGAAACUAAAGUGCAGUGGUGUGGUAGCAACAAGUAAAUUGUCUAGUCCUGCUACUUUUCCAGAUGGACUACCCUACCUAUUUCAGCUUUCGCUUGGCUUAAGAACAUAAGAAAUGUUAGACGAAAAAAGACCAA